CAGGAACAGAGUGACUGUGCGUUUCAAAACGAACGAUCAAAUGCCGUUGCCUAGGUAAUACCAGAAAGUCUUCAUUGUUGCCCAUGAUCCCUUGAAGGCUGUCGAAUUCUCGAGGCCAUGAUCCAGCCGGGCCUCGAACGCAUAGCCCUUCUGGUGAAGGAUCUCGAGUUCCCAUGGAAGGCCAUACAUGUUGCUGGAACUAACGGCAAGGGCUCAAUCUGCGCCCAUGUGGCCUCUCUCCUCCAAAAACGCAAUGUACGCGCUGGCCGCUUCACGUCCCCCCAUUUAGUCAAUAGAUGGGAUUGCAUUCAGAUCGAUGGUUGGGGGAUAUCCAAGUCGAAGUUUAUGAAUGCGGAGAAGUACUUCCAGAGAUUGAACGAGGCACAAAACAUUCAAGCAUCGGAUUUUGAAAUCCUGACCGCAAUCGUCUUUCAGAUCUUCACGCACGAGAGAGUCAAGAUUGGUGUUGUCGAGGUCGGCAUGGGCGGGAAGCUCGACUCCACAAAUAUAUUGAACAACCAGGCUGUCUCAGUGAUAUCAAAGAUCUCCUAUGAUCACGAGGGGUUUCUUGGCAACACACUCGACGAGAUUGCAAGGCAUAAGGCAGGGAUUUUGCGGCCGAAUGUACCCUAUGUUGUCAAUACCAGUAAUGAGUGGAAUGUCCGCAACGUCAUUGAAGAGAUAGCCAACGAGGUGGGGGCCGGACCAUUGGUUCACGCAGAUACCGAAGAUCUGAGGGAGAGGAUCUGGUCUACGUCUAAGUGGAAGAAUUUCGCAUCAACAUUGGCACCUUUCCAACGUGACAAUGCGGUACUGGCAUACCUUGCUGUAGAGGAAGCGCUUAAGGGGCUGGGGAAAUCUCCAUCAAAAGUGGGUCAAGUUGUUGAUGCAUUUAAAAACAAACCAUUUCCAGGACGAUUCCACAAUCAAGGAGUACCGGCUGUGUUUGGACCUGAUAGGACUGUUCUUGUAGACGGUGCACACAACGAAGACGCUGCAAAGGCUCUCCGUGAGUACAUUGGCACUUCUUCUAAGAUCAGCGGUUCGAGGAUAGGAUUUGGGAAGUCUCCAAUGCAAGAUCCGGGCGUUUUGCGGACGCGGAAACCCAUUACUUGGGUACUCGCCAUGUCUGACACAAAAGAUGUGGAUAAGUUCCUUGCGACACUGGUUCAAGAUGGGGACGGCGUUGUCACUGCAAAGUUCGGUCCCGUGGAAGGCAUGCCGUGGGUCCAAGCGAUGGAUCCUCAAAAGAUACUUGAGGCCGCGAGAAGAUUACAUCCGAACAUUGCAGGCGUGGCAGUACCCGAAGUUGGUGCGCACAGGGCCCUACUGGCAGCAAAGUACUUGUCGUCAGAUGAUACCCUCAUCGUCCUAACAGGCAGCUUAUAUUUUGUUGGCACUUUGAUGCGUGAGUUGAGGGAAAAGAAAUAUGACGAGCAUGGUACGAGCAUGGACGCAAUCGAAGCGCAGGAAAGGAAAAGGUUCGCCCAGCUUGAUCCGAAUUCAAAAAUGGGUCAUUGGGAUAUUAACCGACACGCGGCCACCGAGCAUGUGUCUUCGCGUGAAGAUUCGAUGAGGCAGAAGCUCCAGGAUGAUGUUCGCGAGCUGGAUGACAUGCUGAACAGUGUGCAACAAGAGAGCGAAGAUAUUCGCCAAGACAGUGUUCGGCGAUUGGAGAAAGCAUGUGCAUCUCCUUUAUCGUCUGACCUGUCGUCCACCAUACAACAGGGGCGAAAUUCCCUGAAGGAGAGAUUCCAGGUCGAUGUCGAUGACAUACGAAUGCGUGUGGACGCAUUGAGCGCGUUGGACUCACCCAACCGUCGUCGUGGGAGUGGCACGAGACGAGAAUCUUGAUAAGUAAUGCACUUGUUUAGCCAUGUACUACUUAUCAAAACAUGACCGCAACUCACCAAGUUGUUCUAUUUGAGCCUGCUUCUGAGUUUGUACUAAGAUAAUGACUGUGUACUGCUCGCAACAUCACAACUUCAUGGAAC